CUGUAAAGUAAAAGAAAUUAGACUCAAGUGGUAACUGAGCUUCUCGUUGGAUUAUUGUGCAAGGUUCUCUUUUGUUCCCCCACAGUGGAUAAUGUGUGCUCAUUGUGACUUAUCUGGAGCUGGUUUCUUUUACACACUCAGGCUAUAUAAAGUCGAGGUAGCACUGGGGCCCGAGAUUUGGGAAGCAUCUGGGAGGCAGCACCACCAUCGGAGAGAAUGAGGCAGCUGGGGACAGGAGCAUCCGCCUGUGUUACCGAAGCUCCCAGUGGUAUGAGCCCCACUUUGUGCCCCUAUAUCCUUGGAACUGUCCCCCAAGACCCUAUGUGCUACUUAGCUCCAACCCUUCAUUUUAACUUUUCACUUGUAUUUCUGACCUAGAAUGAUUGAGGACUAGGCCUGGAAGGAACGGAUUUGGCCAGUUGGGUUUGGCCCCCUGGCAAAGACCCAGUGCUGAGAAGCAAUGGAGGUGAGAGCCUUUGUCCUGCUGGCUGUGGUUGCAGAGGCCUCAGCGAGAUCAUGCACUCCAAACAAAGCAGAUGUCAUUCUUGUGUUUUGCUAUCCCAAAACCAUCAUCACCAAAAUCCCAGAGUGCCCCUACGGAUGGGAAGUGCAUCAGCUGGCCCUCGGAGGGCUGUGCUACAAUGGGGUCCAUGAAGGUGGCUACUACCAAUUUGUCAUCCCAGACUUAUCACCCAAAAACAAGUCUUAUUGUGGAACCCAAUCUGAGUACAAGCCUCCCAUCUACCACUUCUACAGCCACAUCGUUUCCAACGACAGCACGGUGAUCAUGAAGAACCAGCCUGUGAAUUACUCCUUCUCCUGUACCUACCACUCGGCCUACUUGGUGAACCAGGCUGCAUUUGACCAGAGAGUGGCCACUAUACAUGUGAAGAAUGGGAGUAUGGGCACAUUUGAAAGCCAGUUGUCUCUCAACUUCUACACUAAUGCCAAGUUCUCCACCAAGAAAGAAGCCCCCUUUGUCCUGGAGACAUCUGAAAUCGGUUCAGAUCUGUUUGCAGGAGUAGAAGCCAAAGGGUUAAGCAUCAGGUUUAAAGUGGUUUUGAACAGCUGUUGGGCCACACCCUCUGCUGACUUCAUGUAUCCCUUGCAAUGGCAGCUGAUCAACAAGGGCUGCCCCACAGAUGAAACGGUCCUCGUGCAUGAGAAUGGGAAGGAUCACAGAGCAACCUUCCAAUUCAAUGCCUUCCGGUUCCAGAACAUCCCCAAACUCUCCAAGGUUUGGUUACACUGCGAGACGUUCAUCUGCGACAGCGAGAAGCUCUCCUGCCCUGUGACCUGUGACAAAAGGAAGCGCCUGUUGCGGGACCAGACAGGGGGCGUCCUGGUGGUGGAGCUGUCCCUGCGGAGUAAGCCCCCAUUUCCAUGGUUGCCUACAUCUGGGCUGUGUCCACAGGCAUGGCUAGUUUGAGCAUUUUCACUGAAUUGCCAAACCAGGUGUGCCUGUGGACACAACUCUCACCUGCGCCCAAGUCUUCAGGCAAGGGAUGAGAGGCAGUUCAUGCCAAAUGAAGGAGCUGAGGUUUGUUAAGAGCUCUACGCUGAAAAGUUCUAUCCACAGCCCAGAGUCAAAUGUCCCUAAGGAAUUAGGAAGUGCUGAGCAAACCAAGCAUUCAGUGAACAAGAGAAAAAAUGAAAUGUUUUAAGAAAAUCAAGUACAAGUCUAUAAACUUUUAUAAAGCAUCCAGCCCUGCCUGGCCUGGGCUGGCACUGGACAAGACCCACAGGGCAUCUAUCCUCAAGGAUCUUGCCAUCUAGCAAGGGCAGAGGUUACUGUUAAAAGGGUGGGGUGGCCAGAAUGCUACCAAAGCUUGUGGCAAGGGGAUUCAGCUCCAACCAGGGCUUAUGGAAGACCUCUGUGGAAAAUUAUUAAGGUGCCUCAAAGGCUGGUAUAACCCGAGGGUGAGCAAGAUCCAUGGGGAGGCUGGGGCUUUAGCCCGGGCACCUGGGAGUAUAGUUAUCAAACUGAGCCCAAAGCCCAAGGCCCAGGCUGCCUGCUGAUUUUGUGUGACCUGCAAGCAAAAAAAAGAGUUUUUCCAUUUUUAUCUUAAAAAAUAUUUUCCAACACAUAAAACUUGCAUGAAAUUCAAGUGCCGGUGCCUUUAGUUUUAGUAAAACACAGCCACUUGCUCAUUUAGGUGGGAUAGUAUGGUCUGCAGCUGUUCACACUACAAUGAAAGUGUGGGCUAGUGGUGAUACAGGCUGUGAGGCUCACAAAGCUGAAAAUAUUUACUACCUGGUCCUUUGCAUGAAGUUUACUAACUUCUGCCUUCAGAGAGUCCAGGAGAAGAUGCUGUGAGCAGAAACCUUUGUAAACUUCAAUAUGAACUCUGUCCUUCCUCCAGGAAAUAGGGUGCUCACAGUUUAAUGGGUUUAAUGUGGGAUGUGUGGGGCCGGUGGGAUAUGGUCAGGUUUGUGUUUCGGAAACAUAACUCUGAGACUUCUCCUUCCGUGAUUUUUCCUUAAAAUCCACAUUCUCUCUCUCUUUACUCACUCCAGGCAGGGGAUUUCCAAGCCUCUAUAGUUUCUCAGGUAAGGAAAAAAGACACUUCUGGGAAAUGUCAUGGGCAAUGCUUUCGUAAAGCACAUAUUCCUUUCAAAAGAUGGCUCCAGCCAAACUCUAAAGAACGGAAACUCAGGCUUUAAAUCUCACCUGUGUGGGACAGAGGUAAGGAGCGCUCUCUCCAUGCAGCCCCUGGGCCCCACAGGGAGGAGCUGGGAGUCACCUGGAUGAAGGAGGAUCAGUGGGACCCCACUCCCCUCAGCCAGCUAAGCCAUCAUCAGGUGGCUUACCUCAGCUUCCUGCAUUUGGAGAAUGUGGUUUUCAAUAAUCUGUGCAUUCAACAAAUAUCAGUCCCUGUUAUGGUUCUACUCAUUAUCUGGCUAACCUUGAGCAAGGACUUCACCUCUCCUCGGUGGAGCUGGCCUAAUAAUUCCCUGCCUCGUACAUGGUGCUGUAUGGAUUGUUCAGUUACAGUUGAAGGCACCAAACACAGCCAAGUACAAAGCAGACAUCCAGUAAGGGUCAACCAUAGUCAUGAGUACCAGGCAUUGUUCUAGGGAGUGUGGCUACUCCAGUGAAGGAAACAGGCAAGGGGCCUGGCCUUCCUAGUAUGUGUGAUGCACAGGGGCAGGAGGGACAUGAUUUAGAGGGUGGACAGGGAAGCCUCGCAGAAGAGGAAUCGUUUCAGCUGAGCCCAAAGACCUCACUGGACUGCAGAGAAGGAAGUGAAUAUGUAAGGAAAUGGAGUAAGACCAUCCCAUUUAUUAAUAAGCUCACAGACGCAGACACUGCUCUCAUCACUAAGGAAAAUCAUGUAAAUCAACUUUUUAAAGUCCAACUCUAGACGCUCAUGUCUAAGGGAAGACCUACAGCAAGAGCGUGACAGGGAGCUUCGCCAUUACUGCAUGAUCCAAGUCCAGAUGCCCACUUGCCAGAGGUCCACAAGCUAGGUUUAUUGGUCAGGUUCUUAGUUCUGAAUCUUCAGGGGACUAACAAAAAUGACUGCAUAAAAUGUGGAGGGUUUUAUGAAGAGCCACGUAAAACCAGGAGUUGACAGGUUGUGUUGAGUCAGGUUGGCUAGCCCUGGCCUUCGUACCACUGUUUCUCAGUAUCGUUUUCCACCCUUCUGGUUCACAGAUGUUCUCUAUCACCUUCUCCUGAUGCUGGGGAUCUGUGCCGUAUUGUAGGAGUUAGCCAGAAAGCUGCAGCUCCUGCCCCAAGGUCGUCCUCAGAGAUGACAAACUUGUUUAUUGUGCUGCCAAAAAGAACAAACAGAAGACUAUGCUGUCGGGGAGCAGAGGACAGUGCUUUGCCAAAUAUAUGUUCUAGUGAUUCUUGUGAAUUCAGUGACCCUUGUCCUUUGGUGCCCCACUUCCUCUUGCUACUUUCUGUGGCCCUGGAUCCCAACAGCCCCUCCCCUGUAGCUUGGGGUGGGACCUUCUUUCUCAGACUCAAGUCAGGACAACACAGGCUCCUUUGAAAGCUAUUCUCACUUUAAAAGACUUGCACACCCAACGAAGGGCAGCUGAGCAUUUUGAGGAGAAUGUAGGACAUAACCACAAAGUCACUGCUAAAUACAGAAUGCACAGGAACAGCCAACUUUGCCCACCAAGGGCUUUGUCAUUCAGACUGUGCGAUUCCACCUAAAGAUCAGAGCAGGGGCCCCAAGCAGGGGCUUUCAAUCUUUUAUUGAUGUGGGAAUCAGAAUGGAAUGUGAUAGUUUUGCUCAAAACUUAGAAAGAGAAAGGAAAUAGAUUCCUGAGAAUCUAUUAGUACUGACCUAAUUUGUUUUCAUUAUAACAUUUCUUAGAAAUAUAUAUAUAUAGUAGAUGUAAAUUCCUUAUUCUCUUAGUUGAUAUAUCCCUCUAAAACUCAAAAGAAAAUUACUAAUUAAAUAUGAAGAAAGCUGCAAAAGGAACAAAAACUCGCAUCCGUCUACCAUAAUAUUGCGGUACUGCCUGCAUGAAAUGCUGCGCAGCAUGCCUGUGGAAAGCCCCGCUCCACACAGACUGUCUGAGCUGGUGACACGAUCGUACCAUUUGCCUGUGACACCUAAUGCUCUUACCAAUUUCCCCCUAUUUGCUCUACUAAAGAAAUCUUCUUUGGACUUUGGAUCUGACCUCAGUUAGCCUUUACUUAAAAUGUUCAAGCCAACAUUUGUUUCUGUCUCAUUAACUUACGUUCCUUAGAAUGGAACCCGCAAAAAAUAUCAGAAACACACAUGAAACACAGCCAGUGAAAUCACCUGGAAGCAGACCCUCAAAAUGCGGCCACCCCAUGAUCCAGACAACAUCAAUAAUUUAUGUUUGUCAACCAGAUAAAAGCUGAAUGAGCCAACUCUGGUGGAGAAUUGGCUGGAAGAUGAUGAGAAAACCCGAGUUUUAGUCUUAGUCAUAUAAAGACAAUUAGUAGCCUUACAACUUGAAAUUAAAUGUUAGUUGAUCGCUCUGUAUUUAAUGUAUUUGAGAAGUUUUGAAAUCUUCAGUUUGGUAGUUCUUUAUAGCUUGUGUUACUGAAAUCAGAAAUUAAACUAGUUAUCAAAUCUCCAGAGACAUGAGCUGUACGUGUGGUUAGUCACAGGCUAGAGGAAAAUGACUCCGUGCAUCUACACUGGAUCUGGUCCUCCACUAGUUUGAAAACUUUCUCUUUCACAAACUCAAGAGUUUUGUAGUCGGGAGAGACAAAAGACAUAUUUUAUUGGUUCUAGUCUAAAACUCUUAAAUAGCUUACUUACAGCCAAAUUUGUAAGUCUUUGGCUAUCAGACUAAAACAAUGUUAUAUUAGUUUGGUUUUAUUUUGUCAGUAUGUUUGAUGAUCAUGUAUCUCCACCUGGUGCUAUGCAAUAAAUAAAAUGUUUUAAAAUAAAUAACCUCUCACUGCAGUUUACAGUGUUAAUAUAUCAUGUUGAAAGUCAGUUCUUCAACCCUCCCAGGGGCCUCUACUACCAGUGCUUCUUAGACUCGUGUGUACACCACAGACUUUCCGUUGUUCUGACCUACAUUUCCACUCCAAACUCUCCAUGCAAGGGGAUGAAGCCAUUCUGUGUGACUGUGAUUUGAGGGAAAGGGUCUCUUGUCUCUAUGACCCUAAAUUCUCCUGCCAGCAACUGGAUGUGUUUUGGUUUAAGGUAACUAAAGGCUGCACAAUGACUGGUUACCUUUCCUGUCUUAUAACAUUUUUUAUUGAGGGAUUAAGAGACACCCUCAAAAUAAUCUCUUGUAAAAUCUUCUUAGUGCUAAAAAUAAAGCACGCAUUAAGAGGAGGAGGAAACAUGCAUACAUUCUCCCUCGGGUAUCCUUGGUUAACAUAGAAAAAACACUGGAUAUAGAUUUUAGGAAAAUAAGCUUAUCAAAAAUCCUAUUUCUCUAUCCCUAAACACUCUCUGUUUCUCUGUCUCAUCCCCCCUCACUUGUGUGCACAGUUUAUUUGUGUGUGUGUGUAUCCAUGAAUGCAUAUGGGUGUUUGUGUGUGCUUAUGUGUGUAUGUUUUGUAUGUGUAUUCAUGUUAAAAUGUUCAAUGAAGAAGGCAGAUUUAACUAAAUCUUUAUUAUAUGAACACAACUUAUGUAAGCAUGUGGGCUAGGGCUAGAAAGAAACAAA